UAUGUGAUUAACUUUUGUGAAAGUUUUUGGCUUUUUAUUAUUUUUAUCUUUCUGGCUACUAUACUUCUCUCAUCCUUCCUAUAUAAUAAAAAAGACACACGUAGACAAUAAUUGAAAAGCCUCUACUCACAGCAAAUGUGUUUGUGUGUGUGUAUGGUUUUUAAAUCUUAUUCCUGUAGAAUUUGCUAUUAUGAAAGACCUCUCAGUUAAUCAUCCAGUCUCACAACUGGUUUUGGGGUAAUUUUGACCCCCUUAUAUGGUAAAAACAUCAGAGCUUUAUGAGCAAAUGCAAAUAUGCAUGCAAAUAUUUUGCAAACAGUUUCUGAGCCAUCUAGAAUUUAAAGUCUGUCCAUGAACAACCACAUGCGUAUUUUCUCACAAACACACAAUACUUUCAUCCCCAAUUAUACAGGUUCCCGUGUAUAUAUGUUCAGUCCAAUGAGGAAGUUGAGAGGCACAGAAAGGUAGGGUGACUGCUUCAUUCAUUAUAGAGUUUGUUUUAUAAUUCAGGUUUCACCAUUCCUAGUAAGUACUGCCCAUUUGCACAGAGCCCCAGGGGCAGCCAGAAGUGGAAGCUUAAGUCCUCUCAGGUUCUUCAUCGGAUGUGUGCAGCCCUAGGAUGUAGAUACCCAGAUUUCAAAUCCUCUAUGAACAUCUUAUUUCCUAGCUUUUCUUUUUAAGCCUUUUGAUUAACCCCAACUUUUCACCAUCUCAGGCAGCCACAAAAUUACACAGUUGCCUAUAAUUAUCAAGACAAACACCCCCUCGGGUAAAGGCCUCUCAGCCCAAGGAGAGCUGAAUCUAGGUAAAUAAAAAUGGCCUUGCACAUGGGGUUUUCUAGGGAGAGACAAGUAAAGCUUGGGAGGAGCUCUCACCCCUGUUCAGCUCUCUCCGGUGAUUGCCGGGCUGCUGGCUUUCCAGGCAAACGCGGAGCUAGAGAUGGGAUAGGAACAGGGCAGUUUGAAACAUCACAUCCCCCAUGAUCAUGGACAUUACUCUUUUUUUUUUAACCACAUGAAUCUAUGUCCAAUUUUAAUAUAAAUUUAAGGUUAGGGCGGGUUCCGCCCCUCGUUCGGGGAGCGGCAGGCUUGGACCGGCCCACGGAGCUGCUGCCACACUUCGCGCCCUCUGCGCCAACACCAUGCUCCAGUUCCUGUUUGUAUUUACUUUUGGCAAUGUGGUUGGAAUGUAUCUGGCUCAGAACUAUGACAUACCAAACGUGGCUAAAAAACUAAAAGAAAUUAAAAAGGACUUGGAUGCCAAGAAGAAACUCCCUAGUUCAUGAGGCGAAUUCCAGCACUGCCUUCUGGAUACACUGAUUCUGCUGUUAUUGAGGGCCUCCUUACCAUCUGAACCAAAAACUUUUGUUUUAAAUUCCAGCCUCAACCAUUUUCCUCUCUGCUAGAUCCUGUCUUGCCUGAGAGCUCAGAUGGGGCCAGAAGUUAAGAACCACCCUUUCCACCUUCCUCACCUCAUCCCUCCUGAAAAAGAAUUCAGCCCCUGGUGGCUUUUGGAUAUACUCAAGAACAAUGUGGCACUUCAGGUACAGGGAGCAGUUGGGCCCUCUCAACAGGUUCAGUUAGUGGCGGCCUGUGUGUGAUGCUGUGAAUCGGUGGCCUCCCAGCCUCCCUCUGUUUAGUACUAAAAAACAAACAAUUGACCUGUGUGUUUUCAGAAGGAGGUAGUGAAAUAAUGAAACUUUUUAGUACGUUCAGUAAAGCAUGAAUAUUUUCAGGCAAGUUUUGUUUUGUUUUUUGUUUUGUUUUGUUUUGUUUAAGGCUCAAUAAGCCACUUCCUGGUUUUCAGCUGUAACAAAAACUUCUCUAAUUACUACUUAUCUCUUCUAUUGGGGCUAAAGCCUUCUACAGGUGGUAAAAUUUUAGAAUGAAGAUUGGUUUGCUAUGGAAAUUGGAGGUACAUCCACAGACUGGCAAAAUCUGCUUUGAACUGUGAUUUCUAGAAAGAUCAGCUGCAUAAGGGGAACCCGUGGUUAGAGGCUGUGACCUCGUGGCAGUUCAACAAAGCUUUCCUGUCUGCCUCUGGUUUCUGUUCUGAACACACUACCUCUGGGGUAGCAGCUGGAUCCAAAUAAGCUCUAGAAGAAUGUGUCCUCAGUAAAAUCACUACCGUUAAUUAACAGGAUGUGGAUAUGAAAUAGUAAUUUAAAAAGCCAGGGACAGUUUUCCUGUUUCUGGUAAUGGUAGCCAAUUUUUGCACCACGUCCACUAAAGACAACUCUAGGGGCCAGGUACUUCUUAAACAUUAGAGAUGGUCCAGAGUGUGUGCUCAGUACAGGUCUCUGGCCCUUUUCCAGUGACGGGUUUCCAGUUGUCAUAUGUAGGAGCUUUGCCAUCGUGGGAUUUCUCACCCCUGCAGGUAUCUUGUCUGGCCCUGGAAGAGCAUGGCCUGGUCCCCUCCUUCUCUCCUCUGAUGAUGAGAUGUCUAGACCACAUGGCUGGAGUCCCAGCCCAGGUCUCUGCUCUCUAGUCCUGGCUCAGGCCCUGAUGAGCCACAUCACUUGACCUCCAUGGGUGUCAUCCAGAAAAUUCAGGCAAUAUAUUCAGUGUGUCUGUUCCAACUCAAAAUUUAUUGAAUCUGAAUUAAAUUGAGUCUUCUUCUGCAGUGUUUCUUUCUCUGUAUUCUCAGUGGCCCAGCAUUAAAAGGUAUGUUUUUGUCUUUCUCUGUAGGAAUUAGGUCAGAGAAGUAUAUGCAUAGAGAUGGAAAGGAGAAAUGCUUUUGAUUUCCCCAUCUUAAAAAAGAAAACAAAACCAAAAAACCCUUGAACAGAGACUUCCUUAAGGAAUAAGAAAGGAAGAAUAAGCUCCAAAAUUCAUUAGUAUGAACAUAGUUAACAAGAGGAAAAAACUAUAUUAGCAAUAAUUGAAUGAGGAAGCUGGAAAGAAGCAGGAGGUGUAAGCACUGCUCUCUGGGGAAGGGCCCAGGGUGUCUCACCUGCAGUAGCAGCCUUCCCAGAGCGCGCAGGCAGUGGGAGGGCCAAGGCUCACUGCACAGCACCCGACAACAGGCCAGCCGCACCCCUCCCGCAAAGGUACCGUGUUAGUGUCACUUAGAACCCCUGCUUUUGUGAGAGGAUUUCAAAGAAUCAACAAGCAAGUGCAUAAUUUACUGAAGCCACAUCCUCUCAAGGGUGAAACAUGAAUAAUUACAGUUGCAGUAUCAAAGCCAGAUGUCUGUUUCCACUCUGCAGUUAGGAGACUGCCUGCAUUUCCAGUCAUGAAAUGAAAGUUCUUGUAGACUCCAACUAUGAUGCCACAUCAUAUCCAAAAUGAAGGACAGGAUGGAGGGACAUUCUGAAAUAUACCCUGGUGAUGCAGCCAGCAAAACGCAGCGGGUAGAAAUGCUGCAGGACAGACAACUCGUAUUCUUCAGCAGAUAAGUGGCCAGAGGAAAAAGCAAGAGGGAGGGAGAAGCCGCAGGUCAAAAGAGAUUUCAGAUACAUGCCAGCCAGUCAGUGAGUCAGACAUGGACCUCAUCUGGGUCUCGAUUCAGACGAACCCCAAAAAUAAAUAUCAUGACAUUUAAGAAACACAUGGAAGUUGGAACACCGCAUUUUUCAACAUAUUACUAUGUAAUACCAAAAUACUUAGUAUAAAAUUUUAUAUUAAAUAAAAUAUAUUUUUAAAUGUGA